AUGUCUUCUGACGAUGUUAUUGAGUUGGGAUCAUCAGACGAGGAAACUCGGCCACCUCCGAAAAAGAAGCAAACAAUUCCAAAUGCUAUGGUACGAUUCCCGAAUCUUAACACUAAGCUACCAGGUGUCAAUCUGGGGAAUCUAAAAGUACAAAUAGCAAGCAGAGCUGUCACAUUAAAUAAAGUUAAGUCUAACCUACAAAAAACACCAAAGACUAAUCAGAGAACUGGCCCAAAAGUGCCCUUACUUAUGAGUUGUAGAAAAAGUGUUAUUGUAAAAAAGGUUCCAAGCAAUCCUAGCAACUUACCUGUAUUAAACAAGUCUAGUGGUUCCAAAUUAUUAAAGAAUUUGCCCCCAAGCAUUACAAUAAAACGAACAAGCAAUUCUUUGCAUAAUAAUGUAAUUCCACCCUUAAAAAAGAUAAGGAUAGAAAAGAGACCAGUAAAGACAGGUCCAAUUGUUGAAAUAGACAUAGAACCAUCAGAGACAACACAAACCCUGCCACUAUGGUAUAAAAGGCCUGAAGAGCAAGAUCUUGAUAGUAGUACUAAAUUGGAACCUUGUAAAUUGCAGCCUCAUACUAUAAAACAACAAAACAAUACAGAGCCUAGUAAGUUUAUAGAGAUAGUUAUUGAAGAUAGUCCCGUAAAACCUCAACCUAGUUUUCAGGAUAAAUUCAUAACCAUUGAUGAUAGUCCAGUUAAAGCAUCUGAAUCAGCUUCAAAUAAGGAAGUAGAUAAGAAGAGUAAGAAGAUGCUUGCAUACCCUAAUGUUAAAGUAGCACAAGAUGGAAUGAUUGAAAUUGAAAUUGACUCUAUAGAUCCUAUCGUUCCUUGUCAAGAUGAAAAAAAUGCUGUAGCUAAAACUGGAAAGCCAUCAUCACAAAAUCAGAAAAAAGAAGAUACAGUUGCUGUGAUUGAAAAAGAUGCAGUAACACCACAAGAUAAUAAAAAGUCAGAGGAUAUUACUAAUGACAUGGUACACCAAAGUAAGGAAGAGUUUAAUGCUAUCUAUCAAAAGUUUAUUGAAACUUGUUUUCGUAUUGAGAACUCGAGUGAUAUGCAAAAGAUUGUCGCAAACAAAAUUAAACCAUACUACAAACAAUGCCCACCAGAAUAUGUGAACUCUGAGGAAUUCCAAGAUUUAGUUUCUGCAAAGACUAUGGCAAUUGAAAAUACACCAACACAUAUGUAUUAUUACAUCCGAAAUGUUGUUGAUGAAUUAAAAACGCAGAAAAAAAUGGCAAAGGCAGCUUUAGUAAAGAAUAACGAAAACAAAGAUAAUGUAGAUGAAUUGCUUGAUACAAGUGGUUAUGAUGAGAAGCGUCAACGGCAGAUUCGGAAACUCGAUAAGACAUUAAAGAAAUUGCAUAGAGCUAUUCAGAAGCUAGAAGAAAAGGAAGUUGAUUUUGAUGAUGAGGAUGAUUCAGUAUAUUUGCUGACAGAAAGGUACAAGGACAGAAUACUUCGUGUACAUGCAAAAUUUUGCCAAUUAACAAAUACUAAAAUGCCAUCAGAGCCUUUUAUUAAACUUGACUGUCAAGCUGGUCGCUCCCCUGGUCCAGUGAAGAAAUUGGAAAAAUGGAUCAACAAAAAAGUACCGUUAGGACAGCCGCGUCCAUUUCCAGAUUUUCAUGACGUAUUACGCUGUGUGAAAGAAGCAAACGAAGAAGACAAUCUUGGACUGAGUGAAAUGGAAAUGCUAGAUGAAGCGCGGCAAUUGUUCACAAUGUGUGGAAAGAAAUUACAGAGAAGGAGACAGGAUAAUGAUUGGAGAAUAGCGGCGUCGCGUUUAUCCGUGAACGUAGACCCGGCGGAAUCGGAUCAGGAUCUCAGACGAAAAUUGGAAGAAAAUAAAUUAAUCGCCAGUCAGAAGGAAGCAGACAUCUUUAAAAAGUACGUUGACAGGCAGAAUCAGUUAAAUGUAGAAUCAAGGGAAUUAGAUGAUAAAGAAACUGAGGAAUCACCUGAUAACAGUGAAGAAGAUGAAGACGAGAAAGUUAAUAUUAUAAAAUGUACUAAGGAGAAGAAAGUAACAUUUAACAAACUUAAUCAAGAAAAAUUGGAACAAAAUUCCAAUAGAGAAGAAGGCAAAAAUAAUGAAGAUCGUGACAUAAUUCGCAAAGAAAGUAAACCUGUGCAACAAAACGAAGCACAAAAGAACUUAGAAAAUGGAAUGGAUUGUGAAUCUGACGCUGAUCCAAUGCAUCUUUUAGAGAGAGUAUAUUCCGACUCCGAUUCGGUUUCACUGAUAAGUUUGAGUGAUUCUGACAACAAUAUUGAAACACAAAAGGAUACGGCUAUUGAUGUCAUUAGCAUUGAGGAUUCGAGUUAUUCAGAAUCUGAAAUCGAACAACGGGAAACAGUUGAAAGUGGUGAAAUAGAAGUUAAAGCUUUCAGCUACGUAUCAGAUGCGGUUGUGGUAGGCAAUCAUGUAUCUCCCACAAUACCACUAACAAAAGAAAUACAAAAAAUUUUAGAUUCCGAGAAAUAUUCAAGCACAACUAUAAAUGACAAAGCUAUUGAAGCGACUGUCCAAGCUGUAGUUAAUAAUAAAUGUAAUGACGAUAUGCUAUCAAUGAAAUCAUCAGACAUAGUCGGAGAAAUGUCAAAUGAUAAUUUAACUGAUAAAAUUGGAAAUGAAAAUGAUAAAAAUACCAACAAUAUAAGUAACAAGAACGUGUUGUCCAUCGUUGAAGUAGACGAGAAAUCAGAUGGGCUUAAUGACAAUCUAUUUAAAAAUAAUAAAUGUGCUGCUAGCAAUAAUCCAAAUGAAAGUAUAGAAGUUCCCACGAGAACUGAGGGAAUUCAGCCUAGAGAAAAUAUUGAAGAAACCAAUGAACAACGUUUUCUCGUCUCUGACGACGAAAGUAGAGGUUGUGUCAAUAUUGCAGACGACAAUAUUUCCAUUACCGACACUUUCUACGAUCCUAAAUUAUUGAAUCCAUCUGAUAACGAUAGAUCAAUAGAAGCAAGUUCUCUAAUUGUUACUUCAAGCGAUCAAGGAGUUAACACUGAUUCAAACAUUGAUACACUUAAAGACAAUAACGAUAGACAAGUUACAGAUCAAAAAUUAUCUGACGAAAUUAAUGAUUCUCCUAUUCAAAUCAUUAGCAUACGUAGUAAUGGAAAUGAAUUCUUAAAUGUUGAUUUAAGUAAAAAUGUUGAAUCUGAAAAUACCAAUAUUGAAAAUGUUCCCACUAAUAGCGACACACCGGUAACGAGUCAUACAAGUUAA